AGUAAACCCUGUCAAGACCAACUGAGCAGAGUAGAGCUCUCAGACAGAAGGCUUCAAUAGCAAGUAGCAAGUGCCAGUUGCUCAGCAGCAUUUGCCUCGAUUGGAUCAAAUCUACACAUAUUCAAAAUUUAAAUAUUGCGGCAAUAGGUCAUCGUCUAAAUAAUUAUUUAAGUUUUUAAAUUUAAAAAGUUUGAAUAUUUAAAUUUUUAAAUUUGUUAAAUUUAUCAUAAAAAAUAAUAAUGCAAUGAAAAUAUUGUAGAGGGAGUUUUUCUCCCUGUGAUAAUGAAAAUUUCAAAAGGAUUUAAUUCAAAGGAUUACACGCGUAAUAAUGAUCGUUAAAAAAUCACACGAUCGUCAGUGUCAAAGAGUUAAAAAUAUAUUUCAGUGAACAUGAUUGUGAUAAGUUUAUAUAUAUUUUUUGUUAUUAAAAAUAUAUAGUGCGUAAUAUUUAAAAAAAAUAUUUUAAUAAUUUAUUAAAUUUAAAAAAAAAAUUUAUGAACUCCAAAGGGAACUCGUUAAUUUCAAAAAUGAUUUUAUUUCUUGUGGUUUUAUCACUUGCUUUCAAAGAUUGUCAAGUAGUAGGAAAUACAACAGCGAAGGAAGAAUGUCGAAAGAGAAUAGCAGAAUGUUCGAUGUUUGGUGGGUCAAAUACACCAGUUUGCGGCAGUGAUGGUGUAACUUAUCCAUCUCAAUGUCAAGUUAUUUCCCGGCAGUGUGAAGGCGAGUCAAUUUUAAUAAAACAUAAGGGCCCUUGUCCAGAAACACCGGCAUGCUUCUCAGCGAGAGUAACAGCUCGACCAACAGACCGACCAGUUUGUCGCCCGGAUGGUACUUAUGCACCAGUUCAGUGUCACAAGGAAACUGGAUAUUGUUGGUGUGUUACUCCUCAGGGUCGACCACUUUUGGAUACCUCUGUUAAAAAUCAAAAACCCAAAUGUUCCGAAAGAAGGAUGCCUUCAACACUAGAUUAUUUGGUUACUUCCAGUAGAUCUCCUGAAGAAAUCGAAGAUGAAAUGGUGACAAGUGAACAGAGAAGACAUUCACCGAAACGUAAACAGAAGAGACAAUUUAAUAACAGGCAUAGAAAUAAUUGUGAUCGAUCGGAAAAAGCAAAAUUCAAUAGUAAUCUUAUUGAAAAUUUUAAAAUUGAGUAUCGUCGUUCCAAUAAUUCUAAUAAUGGUGAUAAAAAUGUCGAGCGUAUACUUACGUGGAAGUUUAUGAGUUUGGAUAAAGAUGGAGAUGGUCAUCUGGACCGUGCUGAGUAUAAAGAAUUGAGGAAACUUGCUAAGAAAGCAAUAAGACCUAAGAAAUGUGCGCGAACUUUUGCUAAAAAUUGUGAUCUCAAUCAUGAUCUCAAGUUGUCUAGACAAGAAUGGAGUACUUGCUUAGCUAACGACUUUACACAAGGACGGCGUGAGGUCUCUGAAGCCCUGAAGACUCGGGCCUUGGACCAAGUUUUGAAGGAAAAUCCGUCACCAGUUCAUACCAGGCCGACGUUUAAUGACGACUCUACUACAAAGGAAGAAAGUGAUGCUAUCGACUGUAUCACGGACAGAAAAUCAGCAUUAGAAGAUUCAAAGCACAGCACUCAGUCAUUUUACGUACCAGAAUGUACUCCAGACGGAAGAUAUCUCAAAGUUCAAUGCUACUCCAGUUACUGUUUCUGCGUGGAUCAGGAUACUGGGAAACCGAUACCUGGAACUUCAUCAAAGGAGCCCACGCCGAAUUGUCAUCCAGCACCUCUACCAAAUAGACCAAUGAAAGGCUGUCCAGAUGAAAAAAAAGAAAUAUUUCUCCGAGAUUUAAUAGAUCUUAUGGAUAAAAAAAUGAAAGCAUCUACUGCAGACUCGGUUGAAGCAACAGAUAAAUGGCCGGCGUCUAAAGAAGAGAGAAUAGCAACUUGGCAUUUUGUGAUGCUUGAUAAAAAUAAAAAUAAAGUACUUGAAAGAAAAGAAUGGAAAAGUUUCCGUACAAUGGUUGCCAGUAAUCGGCAUUUACGAAGAUGCGGAAAAAAAUUACCUAGAUAUUGUGACAUAAAUAAUGAUCGGAGGAUCAGUAUGACCGAAUGGCUCAGUUGCUUGCAUGCCCAACAACCAAAUCCAGUUGAAAGUUCGACAAAUACUUCAACUUUAAAGCCCCGGAGACUAGGUCCGAAUCCACUUGAUCAAUUUCUUAAUGCGGAUGAUUAAGUGUCAUGUGAUACGAAUUUUUAAUAAUUUUUAUUGAUCUUAUGUUAAAAAAUAAACUAGUGAUUUUAAGGAUUACAUUAUAUAUAAAUAUAUGAUUUUAUAAAUUAAUAAAACUUUUUUAUAUUAAUUUUAAUUACUUAUAUUUUUUUACUUCAACAUUUUUAAUUUUUUAAAUUUUUUGACCUACAAUUAAAUAUUUUAAAUGUUUUAUUAUUUUAUAAAAUCACUAUUUUUCUCUCUCUAAAUAUAUAUAUAUAUAUAUAUAUAUAUAUAAAUAUAUAUAAGUUAACAUAAAGUGAAGCGAUGAGUAUUAAAACAGGAAUUAUAUGUUGCUGCGUGCAUGAAAUGGUGCUAAAAAAAGCGCGGGCUUCUAGAGUAAAAUUUAAAUUGUACUAAA